AUGGAAGUGCGGACGUUAGGCAAUGGAGCCGCCAAGCAGACAUCACAAGAAUUGUUUCAGCUUUGCAACGGUGGCUCCGAAAGCAGGUACCACGAUGACAGUUCGCAAUUAACCACAGAUCUGCUAAAAAUCAAAACUCACCCAGGUCCACCGGUGUGGAAAUCUCUAGCACAGCCAGAUCAUACCGUGCUAUUCAGCUGA